AUGAUUGACGCCCAGCCGCACGACACCGUGGUUGGGCCGCUGCUCCCCGGCCUCGUCGGAGGCGCCGGGUACGGCUUCGCCGCCGCGGCCAUCUCGCAUCCGUUUGACACAAUCAAGGUGAGGCUGCAGUCGGGCGGCGCAGCCAAGGCCGGGAGCGCCUCGGUGCCCUUUGUCGGCUACGAGGCGACGCGCUCCUGGCUGCGCGCGCACGGGCUGCUGGAGGAGCGGCCGCUCGCCGCCGCCCUCCUCGGCGGGGCGGUGGGAGGCGCGAUGCGCGGCUGCCUCGAGACUCCCGCGGAGCUGGUCAAGACGCGGCUGCAGCUGCAGAGCGCGUGGUCGCUGCCGCUGCUGCUGCGAGGCCUCUCGAGCACGGUCUUCCGCAACGCCGCGAUGAUCGGCCUCUUCUGGGCCGCCUUUGAGGCGAGCGCGCCGCUCCGCUCCCGCCUGCCGCCCCUCGCGGCCAGCUUUGUCGGAGGCGGCGGCUGCUCCGUGCUGGCGUGGGCGGCGGCCUUCCCUCUCGACACUGCAAACGUCGUGGCGCAGCUCGGCCGCAUCUACUCGGAGAGAGGCAUCGCGGGCUGGUGA